GUCACUCAACAGCGUUAAAAAUACAAAAAUCAUCAAUAUCUAAAUUCACCUUGCCCACUUCUUGAUUCUUGAAAACAAAAACAUAAAAAAUCAAAUAAAUUAAAAAUUAAUAAAAUAUCAAUCAAUCUCCGAUCUAAACAAACAAAGCCUGAAUGAGCGGAAGCGAGGGAAGCUCAGGCCAUUCCGCCGGAGACGCACAGCCACCACCGGCAGCGGCGGAGACCGGAAAGAAGAGAGACAAAGCGAAAGUAAGCCGGACAUCGUUAAUUCUAUGGCACGCUCACCAGAACGAUACAAAUGCGGUGAGAAAGCUAUUAGAAGAAGAUCGGUCGUUAGUUCAAGCACGUGAUUAUGAUAAUAGAACACCGCUUCAUGUUGCUUCGCUUCACGGAUGGAUCGAUGUUGCUAAAUGCUUGAUUGAGCAUGGCGCCGAUGUUAAUGCUCAGGAUCGUUGGAAAAACACGCCUCUUGCUGAUGCUGAAGGAGCUAAAAAACAUAACAUGAUUGAGUUACUAAAGUCGUAUGGUGGUCUGUCAUAUGGCCAGAAUGGAAGCCAUUUUGAACCAAGGCCUGUGCCACCACCACUUCCAAAUAAGUGUGACUGGGAAAUUGAGCCUGCAGAGCUGGACUUCACAAAUUCCCACUUGAUAGGCAAGGGGUCCUUUGGUGAGAUUGUAAGAGCAUGCUGGCGCGGAACACCUGUAGCUGUCAAGCGUAUACUUCCAAGUCUCUCAGAUGACAAAUUGGUGAUCCAGGACUUCAGGCAUGAGGUGAAUUUGCUGGUCAAACUUCGCCACCCUAAUAUAGUGCAAUUUCUUGGAGCCGUUACUGAUAAGAAGCCGUUAAUGCUGAUAACUGAGUAUCUACGAGGGGGUGAUCUUCACCAGUGCCUGAAAGAGAAGGGUGCAUUGAGUCCAGCAACAGCCGUAAACUUUGCUUUAGACAUUGCCAGAGGCAUGGCUUAUCUUCACAAUGAGCCUAAUGUCGUCAUUCAUCGAGACCUUAAACCAAGGAAUGUUCUCUUAGUCAACUCCAAUGCUGAUCAUUUAAAAGUUGGAGAUUUUGGACUUAGCAAGCUUAUCAGGGUUCAGAAUUCUCAUGAUAUAUACAAAAUGACCGGCGAGACUGGCAGCUAUCGUUACAUGGCUCCUGAAGUGUUUAAGCACCGUAAAUAUGACAAAAAGGUUGAUGUGUUUUCUUUUUCCAUGAUAUUAUACGAGAUGCUUGAAGGUGAGCCACCAUUAUCCCAUUAUGAAGCUUACGAGGCAGCAAAAUGUGUGGCAGAAGGACACAGGCCUCAUUUUAGAUCAAAAGGUUACACGCCGGAACUGAAAGAGUUAACGGAGAGCUGCUGGGCUGCAGAUAUGAACAAGAGACCUUCCUUCUUGGAAAUUCUAAAGAAGCUUGAAAAAAUUAAGGAAUCAAUACCCCCAGAUCACCAUUGGCAUAUUUUUACGUAACUAAUCGUUGCCCCGCAUCCUUUUGUGAACAUAUUAAAGCCCAAAUCAUAAGAUGAACACAGAUAGUUAACACUUAUAACGAUAAGCAACAACUGUAGCCAGUUUUACACCACCCGCUUCUCUUCUCUUUUUUAAGCAACAGUUUUCAGGUGAGGAUUAAGGAACUUCAAGAAAUCUGACUCUUUCUGGAUUCAAAUAAUGAAAUCUUGACUUAGUUCUUAUACGUGUUUCUUUUCUUGUAAAUUUUUUGUUAAACUGUUUUUCAUGAAAGAUAAUAAUAUUACUUGGAUCUUUGUAAAAUGUGAUGCUUGUUUAUUUUA